UCCGACACAGCCGCCGACCAAUAACCCGGCUGUCUGGGCAGCGACCGAGGGGGAUGAGCGCUCGUCGGGGCCCAAUCAGCGCUUUUGUGUUGCCUGCCGGUGCCGGGGUCUGGUCGUGAAGAGCUGCUGCAGCGCUUCAGGAUCGGAGGAACGAGCCCGGAGCACAGUGGAACCUGCGGGGAAAGGCGAGUCAGGAUGGAGCACCGGAGCGAGGAGGCCCUGCGGCUCGGCCUGAUGAAGCGGGGCCUGGAGCCGGCCGAGGAGCGGGACCGCGAGGAGGCCCUGGCCAAGCGGCUGAAGAUGGAGGGCCACGAGGCCAUGGAGCGCCUCAAGAUGCUGGCCCUGCUCAAGCGCAAGGACCUGGCGGGCAUGGAGGCCGGGGGCGUGGCCGGGGGCGGAGUCCUGGGCGAGGCCAAGGCCGGCCUGGGGGCGGGGUCCGGCUCCGUGGGCGGCGGCGGCGGGUACGAGGAGAAGCUGAACGGCAGCCUGAGGAGCGGCGGCGGUGGCCAUGGCGACCCCCGGGGGGGCGGGGCCAAGGUCGGGAAGGAGAACAUGGGCGACGAGCCCGUGGACAUGAGUGCCCGGCGUGGUGACCUGGACCGCGAGCGCCGCACCCCCUCCCCGGACGUGAUCGUCCUGUCCGACAACGAGGCGUCCAGCCCCCGCGGCUCCUCCCGGAUCGAGGAGCGCCUGCGGGCCGCCAACGUGGAGAUGUUCAAGGGCAAGACGGGCGAGGAGCGGCAGCAGGUGAUCAAGGCCCUGCGGGAGGAGCUGAGGCUGGAGGAGGCCCGCCUGGUCCUGCUGAAGAAGCUGCGGCAGAGUCAGCUGCAGAAGGAGAACCUGGUGCAGAAGGUGCCCGUGGUCCAGAACGCCCCCUCGGCGGUGCAGCCCUCGCCCGUCCACAGCUCCCAGCAGGGCCAGGCCAAGCUGCCCCCCCGGCCCGCCCUGCACGCCAGCGACGCGCACGGCCUCCGGACGGUCCCGGGUCACACGGUCAUCCGGUCGGCCGCCAACGCGGCGCUGCCCCAGAUGAUGAUGUCCCAGCGGGUGAUCGCGCCCAACCCCGCCCAGCUGCAGGGCCAGCGGGUGCAGCCCAAGCCGGGCAUCAUGCGCGCCUCCGCGGCCAGCGUCAACUCGGGCCUCGGCUACCAGCAGCCCUCCAGCCAGCAGGUGGCAGCCUCCCAGCGCUCAGGCUCUUCGGCCAUCUACAUGAACCUAGCCCACAUGCAGGCUGGGGGAGUGGGCGGGGUUGGGGCUGUGGGCGGAGUUGGCACAGUGAGCCCCUCCCCUCUCCCCAGUCCGGGCUCCGCCCUGCCCGAGCCGGUCAGCAGCCAGGCCGCCGCCAAGCUGGCGCUCCGCAAGCAGCUGGAGAAAACCCUGCUGGAGAUCCCGCCGCCCAAGCCCCCCGCCCCCCUCCUGCACUUCCUGCCCUCGGCCGCCAACAGCGAGUUCAUCUACAUGGUGGGGCUGGAGGAGGUCGUGCAGAGCGUCAUCGACAGCCAGGGUAAGCUGCGAGGACCCCUGUCCAGGAUGGACCCCUUCAUGUGCGCCCAGUGCAAGACGGACUUUACCCCGCACUGGAAGCAGGAGAAGACCGGGCGCAUCCUGUGCGAGCAGUGCAUGACGUCCAAUCAGAAGAAGGCUCUGAAGGCGGAGCACACCAAUCGGCUGAAGAAUGCCUUCGUCAAGGCUCUGCAGCAGGAGCAGGAGAUUGAGCAGAGACUGCAGCAGCAGGCCGCCCUCUCGCCCAGCUCGGCGCCCGCUGUGCCCAACGUCAGCAAGCCAGAGAGCAUGAUCCGACACCACGCGCUGAGACAGGCUCCUCAGCCGCAGGCCUCUCUCCAGCGCAGUAUCUCCAGCUCUGCCAGGGGCGUCCUGUCCAACUUCGCCCAGGCCUCCCAGCUGUCGGUGGCAGGCGGCCUGCUGGGCAUGGCGAGCAAGCGCAGCGGCGGUGGCAGCCGGGCCCAGCACGAGAGCCGGCGCCAGCUCUACAACAUCCCAGUGUCCGCAGGUGUGAACAUCGCCUACCUGAAUCCCGGAGGGGUCGGAGGGCACAAGGCCUCCAGCCUGGCGGACCGGCAGCGGGAGUACCUCCUCGACAUGAUCCCCCCGCGCUCCAUAUCGCAGUCCAUCACGGGGCAGAAAUGAGUCCUGCCCCUGCCCCCCGCCCCUCCCCCCCACCCCCAAACCAGAGCAAUGCAAUCCGAACGGCCGCCUGUUCGGCGCUCCGUCUCCCCUGGGUGCUGCCAGUGUGGCCGGCGGGGAGGGUGGUCCCGCCGUCCCUGCCUCUCCCCCGCUGGGGCAGGGAGGCUGGCUGGCCCUGUCCUCUCCACGGGGGAUAGGGGCCCGGUGGCCUCGUCUCCACAGCGCCAGGGCUCUGCCAGCUCUUCCCCCUGUGCUCCGUUCCCCCUCCCCUCCCUCCGAGCACCGGGCCCGAGGCGGAUGUCGGGCGCGCGGAUGGACACUUUUAUGGGGGUGAGGGCGCACCCCGCAAAAAAGAAGACGGCCUGUUUGGGGUGGGGUCCCGGGAGGGGGGGUUGGGGGUGAGUAUGGGGGUGUUGGUUUGGCUGUCUGUGGCGGGGUUGGGAGGGGAAGCUGGGUUCUGCGAGGAGUGAAGGGGUGCCGGCUUCUGAUGAGCGGGGUUCGAUCCCAGGGGGGACCCUCCGCUGGAGAGCUGCUGCCACGCUCACGGACUGAACACCCGAGGGAGAGGAGGGCCGGGGAAACCUACAUCAGGCGGCUGCAGUAAAUUCAACUGGCCGACAUCAACAUGGUUAGCGCCUGCAGGGUGCCAGACGGAGCACAAAACGGAGCACGCCCCAACACCGCAGUCUCCCAUUCGAGAUCGUCCUGGGGGGCUUGCCGUCCUUCCAAGUGGGGAUGAGAAGGGAUCUGCUUUGUGCGGGGCUUCGUGUUGUGGGUGUGGCCCCGUUACGACAGUGGGGAAAGCAGGGGUGACUGUGUCCCCCGAGUGCUGAGCCGUUUCUCGCGACAGUCUCCAUCCUCCCUCUGGAGGCCCAUCGUCAUUAGUCUGCUGAUGAUCACCGUUUAUUUUUACCUUCCUCCGGGGCUUUCGGCUUUUUUUUUUUUAAACUUGUUUCCUGAAAAAACCAAACAGCAUUGAUCCGAGACUUAAUUUGUGAAUUCCAGGGGUGAGUUGGUCCGGCAUUUGGAGAAAUCCAUGUCUCUAGCAUGCAACUGUGGUGCUGUUUUUGCAACCAGUCUUUUCCUCUCCUCUGCCAGCAGAGGGCAGUACAUUCCCAGUGGCAGCAGAGCAGUGAAGCCUUACUGCCCAAGCUCAGAUAGGCUGAAAGGGUUUCAAUGUGGGUGACGUUUGCAGCAAAAGCUGCUCGAACUAGCCUGAUCAGGGUGUGACUAGGUCACUGCAGAGCUCUGUGUCGGUGAUGCCAGGGGCUGUAGAAAAGUACUCCAUCAGCGCUUUCUCUGUGCGAGUGAGGGUCAUUUCGAGAGCAGUGAUGAAUUUAACCCCUCGGAUGAUUCUUCAGGACUGGAUGAAAUGGAUCUCUUUCUUUCUGAGCGACAGUGUCAAAAUACCGCAGCAAGAGGCUGGACCUAAUUUACUGAAAUCCUGGAGGGUGGGGUGGCGGAUAUUUUGGGGGAUCUUAAUUGUGUGCAAAGAGUUUAAAACCGUUUGAUGUAAAUGACUCUUUGGAAUGUUCUGGCUAGGCUCCGGUCACACAGGGAAACGUCGGCGUCCGUUCUGGUUUUGAACUCCUCUGAGCUGCGGCAGCUCGGCGGUUCGCUAGUCCUGUAGUAUUAUUGUAGUGUCCAGAUGAGCUCCAUUCUUGGCGUUGGAUUCGAGAAGGUUGACUUGGACGUCCCUCCGAUUCCAAGUCGGUCUCUUGCCGGGCUUCAGGCGGUUUCGCGUUCCCGUUCUCCCCCAGCUGCUCAUGGGACGCGACGGGUUGACUCUACAGGAGCAGUAGCUGCUAGGAGGGUGUGCAUCCUGUAUCAGCAGUGUAGUCCGCGCGGCCCUGGCGCCACGGUCUCCUGACCUGUAACUUUUGUUUUGUGCCUUUGUGGACGAUGACCUCAGCACUUCACAAGCCCGCCACACAGACAGGGGCUCCCGAGAGCGCCCCCUACUGGGCUUUCGAACAUUCAGGAGAACUGCUUCUGCGGGGACGCCGAUUAUAUGCAAAAUUUAAAAACCAGCCUUUUUUUCUUGACGAAUCAGAACUGAAACUAGGGAAUUGGGUUCCCCACUGUAAGGGAAAAAAGGGGUGUAUUUUCUGGGGGGGGUUGAUGGGUUUUUUUUUGUGGUUUAAGUGUCUCCUUUAGGAUCAGAGCGUAUCUGAAAGGUACGGGACCUGGAGACGAUAAUGAAAAAGAAUUAUUUCUAUAUAUAUAAAAUAUACAGAUAAGUAGAUAUAUAGAUGCGUCUAUCUAUAAAAAAAAAAAAGAGAUGGCUCAAUCAUUGCUCUGUGGCAUUGCACACGAGAAUCGUGUCGGAGCACUUUGUAUGUUUGUUUGUUUUCUAAAGGAGAUCGUUCCUCUCUGCGGGUCUCGGUCUCCGGGCGCUUGUCUUGGGGGAUAGGUACACGCGUGUGCUGUUGCGCGCCAAGGCAAACGGACCAGUCUCCUGUAGAUCGCACCUGUUCAGAAAGCAGUUGGCCCUCUUACUGUUUUGGUUCCAGGCUUUUCAAAGUUAGGUGCUAUCAUGAUUUUUUUUUUGGCGGGGAGGGGUAGCUUGGAAGUAGAGUUUAAAGAAGUCAAACAUUGUGUGCAACGUUUCUCGACCGCUUGGCGAUAUUUUUUAUUUCUUUUCUCAUGCUUUUGAGUUGCUGUGCUUGUGCAAUCAAACCCUCCCCCCCACACACACACACACACCACACACCUCUGAGGUAAUAAACUUGAAAAGCUAUCAAAAUCCCUAAUAAGAUGGGUUCCCUCCUGCUUGCUCUGUCUUUUAAAAAUAUAAUUUCAAAUUAACAGGGGAUUCAAAAAUAGACUCGGAGGGGUUGCCUUCUCCCUCAAACUUUUGGAAUUGGGAAAAUAUAGUAUGGUCAAUGUGUCCUGCCAAUGAUCGAGUGGGAUUUCGUAUUCCGAGGAAUGACGAAUCAAUUUUAGUUUUGCAAGCUGGCGAAAAGGGAAUAUGUAAAUAUGCAAGCUUUUCUGUGUCGAUAACCUGGAGCACUAGCGAAUCCCUGGAUGAGACUUGGCGUGUGUGUAGGCCUAUUUGUACAGUAGAUGCUGGGCUGGUAGUUGGUGACCUUCCUUAAUCUGGGAAAGAGUGCGUGAACUCUGGUUUUCAUGAGAAGGUCUGGCUUGCUCUUCGGGAGGAUUUUUAAGGUCAAAAAGCAGGCGAAGAAAUGUUCAAUAUUCACACUCUGGUCAAUUUCCACAUUUGAUUUUGCUGAACCGUAGUGUCCGAACUUCCUAGGCAGUGAUCAGCAUUUCUCUGGACACGGCUGUGGGGGUCAGCGCUGGUCACAAGGGGGCGCUGGUUUGCCCAGGUGGGGAUUUCGGGGGGCAGGGCGGCUCUCGUCCGCUUACUGAGACGCACACACGAACAAGGUGUGGACAUGUCUUGGUGCCGAUGCAGCUUGAUCAGACUAGGGUUUGCUCUCCACAAGAGAUCUGCUUUCACAGAUUCAUCGGGAUCACAUUCUGGGAUAUUACACUUGCGGGAUCAGGCAGGACAUGCAAACCGGUUCUUUUCCUUUUGGUCGCCAUUCGUCCUUGGUGGUCGACCAAGACUGCUAAAAUGAUCGCAGUUAACAUCGCCUGCGUUCUCUAGGCCCUUCUGAUGACAUUUCUGUUGUACCUUCCAAAGGUAUGGAGUGCAAAUGUUGUACCCCUCCAGUCUCAUCAGUAAAAAGGAACUGCAGAACAAUACAGCAGCAAUAGCACUGCUCACCCAGACGACCCGCAGUUGUGGUUUUGGAACCGUGCGCGGGGAGCCUGGGGUGCGUCUUGGUGGGGAAUCGCUUCCCCAAAACCCGGCGUGUCCUGCGGCCGUUCUGGUUGUGCUGCGAUCAGACGUGUUCCCUCGUCACUGGAGUUUAAAUGGGUGACCGGCGCUCACCGAUCGCUAGCGUUAAUUUCAGGCAAUGAUGCCUGAGCCUUCCAAACAGAGGAGUGCAUUUAGCCCACCUUGUGGCCCGUUUUCCAUUGGAUUCCCAAGGAAUCUGCUUCAACAAGUGACUUGUUCCAGACACCUACCACUCUUUGUGUAUGUUUUACACUUUUUCGUUUCCCUUGCCUGUCCAGCUGUUUGGACAUUUGGGAUUUGUGUGAAGUCCUUUCAAGCCUCCUGUCUUCUAGACUAAGGAGACUUAGUUCCUUUAACCCGUGUAUGACACCUCCCUAGAAGCUGGAAGUUAAGCUCAUUACUUUUUAAUCACUUUUCAUAGCAGCAGUCCUUCCUGAAGUGUGGCGAAAACAUUGUUUACUGUGGCAUUGAACCCAAUCCUGUACUGGCUUUACGUGCGUUUAGGUGCUCUGGUACAUGAUGAUUUAAUUGUGUUCCAAGGACUUUCCGUUAACGCAGUUAAGAGAGUCUCUUGAUUCAAGUACAGUACCACUUCCUGGCCCGGAAAAGAAGCUUCAGGUUCUUUUCCCCAGGAUCUGCUAAGUUAGCAGCUUGAGCAGUGGAGGGCUCUGGGGGUGUCUGAUCUGGUGGUCGUUAGGCAGGACUGCGGUGGGGGGUGGGGGGGUUGAGGUGUGUUAUAUUCUACAGUAUUACGUUGGGUGGCCCAUCCUUCAAUUUAGAAACACAACUGGGGUUGUGAGGGUAGAGGUCAGACUGAGGAGCUGAGGAACGGGGUGGGGGACGCCCCUCCCUGGAGCAAUGGAACCCGAUCCGAUCCCCCCUGGAGGGAUCUUGGGAACAGAACAUCCUUCUGCGCGGGCGGGCUGUAGUGGCUUUGCAAUGCAGGGCCCCAUGUGGCGCCCCCUAGUGUCCGCUGCCCCUCCUGCAUGUGCGCGCGAGCCGCAGGGCAGGGUGUUUGGGUGCUGCUGUGUUGGAGGGGCUGGCGUGCUUUCUGAGCCCUGGGGUGCAGAGGGAUCUUGAUACAAGCUAGUGUGCCCUCCCUCAAUCCGAUUCUAAAAAGAUGGGGCAGCUUCAUUGUGACCCCUCAAAUUGGGCCUCCCCAGGUGCCCAGUCUCUCGUUGGGAGAGCGGUCAUCCAGCAGAAUUUGUUGGGUUCUGAAAUUGUAAAUGGCACAGGAUUGUGGGGAGGGUUAAACGAGGCUCAUUAAGGCUUGAUGGAACCAGUUGAACACGGUUCUGAGCCACAGAGCCUGCCUGACUUCAGGAACCCCACCUGAAAAUCAGUUCUCCGUUUCGUGCUGCAGUAACUUCUUAAACUAGAGGGUCACCAGCUCCGGGUCCCGGAGAGCCCCAGUCCAGCGGGUCAUACAGGUCACCCUGCCCUUGCAGAGGCGAUGUAGGAGCUCCUGUUGAAACAGUUAAGCAAGAGAUAUUUCGAUGAAGGGAAGACGCUUCCUGGAGAGCCUGGCGGAUGUUCCGAGUUCUGUCCCAAACGAUCUCUGAAGGACUUCAUGGAACCCGGCCUGUGUAACUGAGCGGACGUAGUCAUAUUGUUCCAGGCCCUUGGAAACCGAUGUUGUAAUGGCUGCCUGUGAAACGGGCUGGACAGCACAGGGAUAGGGACCCCUGUUCGAGACUGCAGGAGACCGCAGUGACCCGUGUUUGAAGGGGGCUGCACACUGGCCACUGGGUUUUCCUGUUGGGGAGAACUUGAACAGCAAGGUGCAAUAUUGGAGAAACAGGGAAGUUUGCAUUGUUAAAGGUUCUUUUGAUACCCACCCUCUUUUCCUGGUUUAUUAUCUUAGAGCGCAAUAAGAUUUCUUAGGUCACAUUUUCGGUUCCUGUUUCAGGGAAGGCUUUGUGCUGCUCCAUUUGUAUUGGAAUAUUCUGAAAGAAACCCGCUACUUCAUUCACCAUUCUCUCUCUUUCGCUUUCCGGCCGUGCUUGAUGAAUUCAUAUAACUUUGUUUUAAUAUCGCCGGCUAAAGUAACAGCGUUUUAAGAAAAGGAAAAUGUAAAAAAAAAAAAAGUUUUUAAAAAAAAAUGUAAACAUUUUUUAAAAAAAUCACUUCGCAGGCAUCUUUUUUCGGUUCUGUUCCUGUUUUUAUCGUUUGGCUGUCUUUUGUUUCCUUUGUAAGAAAUAAAAUGAAAACUUAAAAAAAAAAACAUGAAUUAUGAAAUGAAAAAUGACACAAUUAUUUGCUAGUCCAGAAGUAAUUAUGACUUAUUGUAUAUAAGCUUUUCCUUUUUUUUUCUUCUCUUGGAUUAAAAAAAUAAAAUAAAAUGAGAAUAAAAUGGUUGUAUAUUGUGUAGAAAAGCAAACCUAAAAAAAAAAAGCCAUGAAUAUUGUGAAGCUUGUGUCAUUUCGUUUUGUGAUCACUGUGUAAUAUUGUGUAACAAAUGUGCAAAACGUAUGGGUUUGUUGUUUUUUUUCCAGUUCCCACUCUUUUUCUGAUUUUUGCGGGAUCAUAAGAUGUGCUGAUAGCCGUUCUUCCCAGAUCCUAGCACCCACGCUGAGGCGCAUAGUGGAACAACAAACGGUUCUCACUUUGUCUUUGUGUGAGGCCUAACUCAAGACAUAAAGGGACACAAACCGGGGGCUCCUGCUUCUUUUACAUAUUGUGGCCUAAAAGGUCUCUUUCUGGCCAGGGUCUGCUCCUGUCUGCACUUUUGUCCUCAACAUCUCAUCUCUGGUCCUGCCUCACUGCAUGCGGAGAUGACCACAGCUUUAUUCUGUAGCCCUAGCAAAGGGGGCGAGAGAUUCAUGAGCUCCUCACACUGUGCAAACAAAAUUUGCCCAGUUUAUGUAGACUGGGCGUUAACUGGCACUUCUCUGGCUAACGGGACUUUUCAUGGUUUUUUUUUUAGUGGCAAAAUAUAAAAUACUGUAUUAAAGGCUCUUUUCCCUGUAGUUCUCUUAGGGAUCACCAGGGGGUGCACUUGAUAUGUUGAUGUACAGUACUGUAACUUGUCUAAAGUAAACUCCCGGGACACAAUAUUAGAAACCCCCUCCUGCGCGGGGGGCGGGGGGGCAGUUAUAUUUCAGCCCUUGGCAGGAUGUCCCGUUGACUUCCAUCCUAUUUCCCCAUUGGGGGGGGAAAAAGCCUUAAGACAGGAUGACCUGCAACCCAAUGGUUUGGCACUUUGAGAACUAAUCUCUAUUGAAGGUCAUUGAUGUGGAGUGGAUGUCCCCCACCAUGGCAGGGGUGAGCCUGGCCAUGGCAGUAUUCUUGAAAUUUGCCCUUGCUUGCCCAGAUUUCUGGGCUUCUCCAGCACACAAGAGGCUACACCGUCCUGUGGCUUCUGUUGCAACAGCUCUUGAGCUCCUGCUCAAGCUCAGCUGGUACCGCCUGCAGCUGAGGCACGAGAGCCGGAGAGGACAGCGUAUUCCACCCUUUUCAAAGGGGAUGGGGAUCUGGGAAUCCCUCUGGCCCAUUCAAUUGACUAACCUGUCUCCUGCUCCUCAGGCUAUAUUCUUUAUUGUUAAUUAGUAUCAUCCUCAUGUUUUGACUUGCCUAGUUAAAUUAGUCAGAUUAUUUCCUUGCCUGUGUGGAGCACAGGGGGUGGGGGGGAGAGUAGAGGGGCUGUAUUUGGGGAGUAUUUUUUUUUUUAGCAAAUAUGCAUUUUGCUUGCUUUCGAGUUGUCCAUACAUUAAUCCAAACCUUUUGCACAUCCUUGGUAUUUAACAAUGUCUUUAAAAAAAAGUAAAAUGAAAUUUAAAAAAAUAUUAUAAAUGCUGUUUGAAUACUGCCAGUUGAUUAAUAAUGAUUAUGCAUUGACUGAAAAAAUAAGCUAAUUUUGGAGGAAAUAACUUUGUAAUAUUUAUCUCUUGCAAGCUAUGUUUAAUAAAGGAUGGAACAGUU